AUGGGGGAAGAACUUAUUAAAGCUAGACUUGACAGGACCCUUAUUUCUAAUGAGUGGUAUAACCAUUAUGAGCACUCCCUAUCUGCAAUCUCUAGGAUUGGUUCUGACCAUUUUGCUAUGGUUUUUGUUGCUAAGAAUACAAGUGUUAAAAGAAACUUCUCAUUUAGAUUUGAAAGGAUGUGGCUGGAUGAUCCUAACCUUGAGAAGGCCAUUGAGAUGUGUUGGUCUAUUGAUGUUAAAGGUAUUGCGAUGUAUAGAAUGGAUAAUAAUUUAAGGUACGUGAAAGAUAAUAUUAAGAAAUGGAACAAGGUGGUUUUUGGGGAUCUGAUUGCUACCAAGUUCAAAACCCAAUUGGAGCUUAAGGAAAUGCAGGAUAAAAUCCAAACUAGUGGAUACAGUGAAGUAUCUAUCAGGGAGGAAAAUGAAGUACUUGUGAAGUACCAUAAGAGUAUCAGAAGAGAUGAAGAAUUUUGGAAACAAAGGUCUAGAUCUCUAUGGCUUAAAGUUGGGGACAGAAACACUGGGUUCUUCCAUAUGACUUGUAUGAAACAUAAGGCUGCAUAUAGGAUUUCUAAGUUGAGAAUUGGGGGAAUUGAAACUGGGAAGGAUGAUGAGAUUGGGAAGGAAGCCAAGAAGUUUUUCAUUUCCCUUCUCUUGGUAGAUAAAGGUCUCGAUGGUCGUUCUCAGAGGGCCCUCUUAGAGAAAAUUCCUUCUAUCAUUAAUGAGGUUCAAAACAAGGCUUUGGUGGUCAUCCCUUCUGAGGACAAAGUUAAAAAAGUGGUCUUUUCUUUUGAUGGCAAUAAAGCCCCAGGCUCGCAUGGCUUUCCGUUGUUCUCCUUUCAAGCCUUUUGGGACAUCCUCAAAAGUGAUGUGGUUAAAGGUGUGCAAGAGUUUUUUGGGGUUAGAAUUAUCUUAAAGGAACUCAAUGCUACUUUCUUGGUUCUGAUUCCCAAAUGCCCUAGGGCUAAUUCUAUGGAUAAGUUAUGGCUGAUAAUCUUAAGCAAUUCUUUCUAUAAAAUCAUCUCAAGGUGGUGA